ACCAAAUCUUAUAUACACUACAUCUUCACAGUAUAGCCAUAUAUAUAUAUUAAUAUUAUCAAAAUUUUCCACUAAACCUGCUUUGGAAUGAGCACAGAACAUCUGAAUGACGCGGCGGAGUCCGUGAGUGCCCGGAGUUUGGCUUUGGAUCGCGCUAUCGUCAAUUUGGUGCACCAGGCCCGUCGCCUCCAUUUGAACAGCGUGAAUGGCUAUACAUCUCUGGAGGCAUCUCUGGAGAAGGCAGUGCCAGAGUUGCUCACGACUAGGAGUGAUACCGCACACCCCACCACCACAGCGACCAGCUCGGCAAGGUCUUUCCCGAAGCGUAGGCCCAGUAGCCUAGCACCACGACCUGCGCCCAAGGCUUUCAAAAUGCGCAAGACCGAUACGCAUCUGAGGACCCCACGUGUCGUCCAGUGUAAGACGGCCCGUAUCCCGGUGACGCCACCACCACCGCCACCCUCGCCGCGUUGCCCAAAACCUGGGGAACUUAGUUCGGCCAUGGACAUGGCCGAUCUGCUUCGGAUCGAGAUCGCCGAGACGGAUGCACUGUUGGAUCAAAUGCUAUUCGAUGCCAAGGCACUCGAACGCCAGGUGGCGAUCCAGUGUCAGUUGCAGAGCGAUGCGGAAAUGAUCCGCAGCCUGGAGAUGGAGUACAGUGGGCGAUCCAUGAGAUAUCUGAUAGAGGCCAUUCAGUCGGACUGCGAGAGCCAGGAUGUCCAGGAUCUCUGGAGCCGAUGUCAACGCUCUUUGGAACGCCACGCGGAGCGACAGACGGAGCUGGAGUCCAAAGAGGGUCUGUAUCUGGAUCGGAAUCCAGGCAAGGGCACCGGCAAGGGCACCCAAACCGAUAUGGCUGACUCUCAGGACGAGAUGCUACCUAUCUCGUCCAAUUCGAUUUGCCAAUGGUUGCGAAGGGCGAUGGGUUCUUUAAGCCAAGAGGAUCAGGUGCAGGAGAUGGCCAUCUAGCGCAGGCCAGCCUUGAAUAGUAUUUGAAUAAAGAUACACAACUCUAAAAUCACUUGUGUGCUCUGCUGUUUUAACGAUGGCCCAUAGAAAUAUUGAAAAGCUGCGAUUAGACUAGAACUGCGAGGAUUAAUUAACUACUACUUGAAAAAGUAUAUAUAUUUGUUAACUGAUUUAUACAGUGAUACAGCUCAGUGAUUUGACCG